UCUGACCGUCACCUCCCCCUCCCCAGGGCUAAAAGGGGGAGCCCCGACCCCCGGCCCGGGGGGCUCGUCCGGCCCCACCUUCACCUACACGUUCCGCGGCGACCCCCACGCCAUGUUCGCCGAGUUCUUCGACGGCCGCAACCCCUUCGACACGUUCUUCGCGCAGCGCAACGGCGGCGACGAUGACGGGGACGAUGACGGUGGCGGUGGCGGCUUCAACACGUUCCACGUCGGGGGUUUCGGCAGCGUCAGCUUCCCCCGGGGGCGCGGGGGUCCCGAGGGGCGGCGGCAGGACCCCCCGGUGCUGUACGACCUGCGGGUGUCGCUGGAGGAGAUCUACAGCGGCUGCACCAAAAAAAUGAAAAUCUCGCACAAGCGGCUGGGUCCCGACGGGAAAACGGUGAGGAAGGAGGAUAAAAUCCUGACCAUCGAGGUGAAGAGAGGGUGGAAGGAAGGCACCAAGAUCACCUUCCCCAAGGAGGGCGACCAGACGGCCACCAACAUCCCGGCCGACGUGGUGUUCGUGCUCAAGGACAAACCGCACGAGGUGUUCCGUAGAGAUGGAUCCGAUAUCGUGUACCCGGCCAGGAUCAGCCUGCGGCAG